UGCACGCUGAGCGUGCUAGCUAGGGCAAUUCACCAAGAAAACUGCGGACGAUUCUUUGAGUAGGCGCCCAAACACCCGCGGCACUAACGCAAAUCUGUAUCGCGUAUUGUUGUGAAUGAGGGAGUGAUGACGUCAACGUUCGAAUGUCAACAACGUAGCUUAUUGAGAGUAGGCGUUCCAUUAGAGAGUAACAAACGGGAGAGAAGGAGCUGCACGCGGCACGGAUCAACAACACACACUGACAUUCACCGAACAAAAACAACGCCAAUAAUAACAACCAGACUCCCUUUACACAACGAAAUCGCUGAACAUUAAACCUUGUCCACAAAAUACAUACAGCUUUGGGGCUUUGGGAAACUCUGCAAGCAAGUUACCAUGUGAAAAAAAUCUUAUUUGGUAAACAGACAAAAAGGCUGGAUUGCAAGACAAAUAAAAUCGAAAGUGAAAAAGGUGGGCAGGGCUACCCAAUUCUGAAAGUGAGUGGAAACGAACACACAGGUCCAGUGAGUCACAGGUUCACACUGUGCGACUGUGACUAAGGGUGUGAGCGGAAUAUCCAUGGAUGAGCAGACUGAAGCCCCCAUGUAUGUGUAUGAGUCAACAGUGCACUGUACCAACAUCCUCCUGAGCCUCAAUGACCAGCGGAAGCAGGAUAUCCUCUGUGAUGUCACGGUGACAGUGGAGGGGAAGGAGUUCCGAGCCCACCGAGCCGUCCUGGCUGCCUGCAGCGAGUACUUCUUACAGGUUCUGGCAGGACAGGCCAAGUAUGAGUCCGUCAGCUUGCCAGAGGAGGUCACUGCCAGGGGAUUCGGCCCAUUGUUGCAGUUUGCCUACACUGCUAAGCUGUUACUCAGCAGAGAAAACAUCCAAGAGGUCAUCCACUGUGCAGAAUUCCUGCGCAUGCACAACCUGGAAGACUCCUGCUUUCGCUUCCUGGAAGCCCAGCUCCUGAGCGAGGAGGAUGGCCUGCUCCUUUGCCGCCAGGUAGCGUCUUACCCCCGAUCCCAGGAAGAUGAGAACUCGGAGGAGGAGGAUGAGAGCAUGCAGUCCGAGACCACCAAGACCAGCAGACAGCUGGAACAGGAAGCCAUUGCUGUGCCGAUUCCCGACGUGUUCCAGGAUGGCAGGGCAGACUUUGAGAAACACAGGACAUCGGACCUCCCGCGCUGCCCCAAGUACAGGAAGUAUCAGCUGGCUUGCACCAAGCACAAUAACGAUGUAUCACACACCAGUACCUCAGGUUUUCCAAGCACAUUCAAGGAAAUGAGCUCCAGCAGCAGCAGCAGCAGUGCCCCCCAUAGCCAGGGACUGAUCAAAAACGAACCUCGCGCAGAGGAGGAGAGCAUCUCACUGUGUCUGUCAGGGGACGAGCAGGAGAAAGAGAAAGACGGCGUGGCAGAUAUGGAACUGGACGGAAAGCAGCGCAGCCCCCUGUACGUGGACAGGCCUAAAAGCAAGCCCUCAACGUGUUUGAGGUCUUUUUUAAAAAAAGGGACCGAUCUGUUGGGUUUGCCCAGCACACCGCAGCAGCUUUUUACCAACAGACCAGCCUGUCCCCAGGAAAAAGUAGAAACUCAGGGUGACCACAAAACUGACUAUGGGACGUACUCUGGGGAUAUGGGGCUCUCCGUGGCGUCUCAGAAAGAGUUUGCGGGUUUCCAAGUGGGAUUACCGUUAAGGACGCUCUCGUGUGACGGAGUAUGCAAGCAGGAAUCGGAGCUGGACCGAAGGAGCGUCAUUUUUUCCUCAGUUACGGACGACCUACAGGAAACUCCGGCGCAUUCGUACCCUGGAGGGAACUCCUUGGAUACAGAACUAUCAGAACACAUGCCAAAGGGUCUGUGGGCCGGUGCUAGCCAGUCCCUUCCGUGCUCACAGACCUACUCACCCAGCGGACUUCCCUCCGAGGCCAUGGUGCAAUAUAGGCCUCGGCCCAACACCAGCUGCCCAGUGCCAAUCAAGGUGUGUCCCCGUUCCCCUCCCUCGGAAACGAGGACCAGGACUUCUAGUUCCUGCUCUUCCUACUCCUACGCAGAAGACGGAAGUGGAGGGUCCCCUUGUAGUUUACCACAGUUUGAAUUUUCCACCUCUCCCCGGUGUCUUGCUACCGAUCAACAAGAGCAAGGUAUGGUGGGUGAGGCCAUGUAUAACCAGGUCAGGCCCAAGAUUAAAUGUGAGCAGUCAUACGGCACCAAUUCCAGUGACGAGUCUGGCUCGUUCUCAGAAGGAGACAGCGAGUCGUGCCCUGCUCAAGAACGAGGGCAGGAGGUCAAGCUUCCUUUCCCAGUGGAUCAAAUCACAGAACUUCCAAGGAAUGACUUCCAAAUGAUGAUAAAAAUGCACAAACUAACCUCGGAGCAGCUGGAGUUCAUUCACGAUAUCCGACGGAGGAGUAAGAACCGCAUCGCAGCUCAGCGCUGUCGGAAAAGGAAACUGGACUGCAUUCAGAAUCUCGAAUGUGAGAUCCACAAAUUGGUCUGUGAGAAAGACAAGCUGCUGACGGAGAGGAACCAGCUGAAAGUCUGCAUGGGAGAGCUGUGGGAGAACUUUUCAUGUCUUUCCCAGGAGGUGUGCCGGGACGUGCAGCUCAGCUCAGAGCAGAUCCAGUCCCUGCAGAGGUACUGCCCAGUCCUCAGGCCAGUGGAUCAAACAGGCGCCACCGCCACAGCCAGCAUCAACCCAUCUUCUUCCAAAUCCCCCUCACUGGGCUCGGAACAAAGCUUCAUGAAUUCUCAGUGCACCGGGGAAAACAUGCAGUGCUGCACAGAACCAAGCCCCGCUCAACUUGGGGCCGAGUGGUUACCUGGCAACGGAUCAGAAAGCUGCAUAGGAGGAGUCCCACUUGGUGAACACGACCCGGGUGUUUAUCUAGAAAGGGGAUCUUCCCUUGAACAGUGUAAUCAGACAGUCACUGUGGACUUCUGCCAGGAAAUGACUGACAAAUGUACAACUGAUGAACAGCCUCGGAAAGACUGUACCUAGUAACCGUGGACUUUUUGUCUCCUCCCCCCCCCUCCAUGCCUGGUAGGUCAGUCCAGUUGUGUCGGUCAGCUUCUGCCAGUGUUCAUUGGGACUUUCUUUUAAGAAAAAAGGUUGACACUACAGUUGUCUUAACAGCAGCAAUACUGUUCUCCAGGUAUUCUCUCCUUAGCAUAAAAAUGGGACUUUAAUCUUUACUAUGGUGCUACAUGCAAGGAACUCAGCAGUGGCAACACUGUUUUUACAUAUUAGAAAUUCAUUCACAACAGGGAUGGGCAGAUAACAUCUCAGAUUUAAAAACCUCUAAGGACCUAGCAGCAGUUCUACUUGUGUUCUAUCUCUCUCUCUCCCUUUUCUCUCUCUUUCCCUCCGUGGCCCAUGUCACGCCGAUGCAAACUCAGGAAAUUGUUCUGAAUGUUCAAUAUUGUUCAUAAGAUAAAUGACAGUUUCUGGAGGCAGAUCAAGAGUUUCAUACAGCAGCUAGACUGCACAUGUUCAUAUGCAAGAAUCUCUUCUGCAUCUCUCGUUUGUAGCAUUUCUGCAACUGGAACCCUUCUCGUGUCUUGCUACAGAACUUUGAAUUCAAACAUUCCUCUUUUGCCUUUUACAAUGCUAAAAUGAAGAGAAAAAAAUGGGUUUGAUAAGCAGUCAGUAUUUCGGUUUCCACACAUCAGCAAUGUCAUUUUUUUGGACAUAUUUAUAAAAUAUUAGAAUGCUUGUUUGGCACAAAGUUUAAUGUAUAUAUGUGUGGCACUGCCAUUGGGUGCCAUUUGAGCAUGGUGACUUUGGUUAUGUAAAGACAGGAGAAAUAACAAGCUAUUUAAAAAGAGAGGGUGAGUUUUUGGCCAUGUUUUUCAUCGGUGUAACAUUAUUCAGUGUUCCUUUUAUUUGUUAUUGCAAACAGUUGGAGCUUUGGUAUAAACGUAUUAUAAGCUAUGCUGCAGUAUUAUCAGAAGUAUACUUCUCUUCUUACUUUUGUAAGUCUUAUCAGCUCCUGUAGAAAUCUUAGCACUUUUUUAUCAAAUGCUCUGAGCACUCAACGUGCAAAUUCAGCUCUCCAGAAUGGAGUAUUUUCUUAUCUAGAGUUGUGAAGCCCUGCAAAAAUGGGAAAGAAUGCACUUCAUUUGGCACUUAUAAAGAUUGCUCCCCCUGGUGGUAACAAAAUAGAUUUGUUUUCCUUGUAAACUGCAUUAUAUGCUUAUGCUCCCCAAAUGUAUUGAAAUUUGGAAAGAAUUUGUGGUUAACGAAGAAACGAUCAUACUUGUAGCGAUGCCUGAGAUUAUCUGGUUAAGAAUCAGUAUUUUGAACUCCCAAUCUAAUUGGAAACUAUUAUAAAGGAAAACAAAAAACAUUAAUUGCAUCUGGUCUAUUGCAUCUGAUUCUUAAAUUUAUGAAAAGAUCAUAUAGAGACUGAUUAGCUGUUCAUCUAAAAUGGAAGCUCCUGGUUAUAAUGUUGAAUAAUGUAGUUCUGUGUAGUUAGAGAAUGUCUGAUACUCAUUUACCUGUGUUAGCAAACUUUCAUUUGAGUCCACAACACAAGUUCUCCAGCUGGUUUUUGUUUGUUUUGUUUUAUUCAGGAAACAACAACACAAAACAAAAAUACAAACUAAGCACAUCUGGUAUUUUUAUCGUCUUCAGUAUUAUAUAAAAUAAAAAAAUUGGUUUCCACAAGUUAAACCUGACACAGAUGUAGAAUUAAGAGCCAUAAAAUCCAGCAUGUCAUGACUUAAUAAUCAUUAAACUGGAAAUACAAAGCUUUGUAUGUUAGACAGGAUGUCACUAAGGGAAACGUAGGGUUAACAUUAAAUACAUUUUAUAUAUAUAUAUAUGAAUCAUAAAUAAUUGUUUUCCUGCUUAUCUGGAUCAUGAAGAACAUUCAGUGAACCCCUGAUCCUUGUAAAGAUCUAAUUGCAAAGCAUAGGAGAUGGUUUAUUUACAUUUCCAGAAAGCUUUUGACAAAGUCCCACAUAAAAGAUGAAUCCUCAAACUGAACGCAGUAGGGAUUCAAGGAAAUGCAUGCACAUGGAUUAGGGAGUGGUUAACAUGUAGAAAACAGAAAGUACUGAUUAGAGGAGAAACCUCAAAAUGGAGCUGGGUAACCAGUGGUGUACCACAGGGAUCAGUAUUAGGUCCUCUACUAUUCCUAAUCUACAUUAAUGAUUUAGAUUCUGGUAUAGUAACCAAACUUGUUAAAUUUGCAGACAACACAAAAAUAGGAGGAGUGGCAAACACUGUUGCAGCAGCAAAGGCCAUUCAAAAUGAUCUAGACAGCAUUCAGAACUGGGCAGACACAUGGCAAAUUACAUUUAAUAGAGAAAAGUGUAAAAAUCAUAUGGGAGAUACUGAAAUUGAAGAAGGAAUCUAUGAAAAAUACCUAGGAGUUUAUGUUGACUCAGAAAUGUCUUCAUCUAGACAAUGUGGGGAAGCUAUAAAAAAGGCCAACAAGAUGCUCGGAUAUAUAGUGAAAAGUGUUGAAUUUAAAUCAAGGGAAGUAAUGUUAAAACUUUACAAUGCAUUAGUAAGACCUCACCUAGAAUAUUGUGAUCGGUUCUGGGCACCUCGUUACAAAAAGGAUAUUGCUGUUCUAGAAAGAGUGCAAAGAGCGACCAGAAUUAACCCGGGUUUAAAAGGCUUGUUGUAUGCAGACAGGCUAAAAGAAUUGAAUCUAUUCAGUCUUGAACAAAGAAGACUACGCUGUGAUCUGAUUCGAGCAAUCAAAAUUCUAAAAGGUAUUGACAAUGUCGACCCAGGGGACUUUUUCAACCUGAAAAAAGAAACAAGGACCAGGGGUCACAAAUGAAGAUUAGAUAAAGGGGCAUUCAGAACAGAAAAUAGGAGGCACUUUUUUACACAGAGAAUUGUGAGGGUCUGGAACCAACUCCCCAGUAAUGUUGUUGAAGCUGACACCCUGGGAUCCUUCAAGAAGCUGCUUGAUCAGAUUCUGGAAUCAAUAAGCUACUAACAACCAAACGAUUAAGAUGGGCCAAGUGGCUUCCUCUCGUUUGUAAACUUUCUUAUGUUCUUAGAACAUUCAGUGAACCCCUGAUCCUUGUAAAGAUCUAACUGAAAGACUGGCUUGUGUCUUAUGGUUCAUUCCAAUGGUUGUUCAACCACAACUACUCAUCCCUUUUACAGCAGCUAUAACAUGUGAACCUGGCAUUCAUGUACGACAGGCAACCAUUUUCAAGGACUCUGAACCACUGCUGACACAGCUCUGAACCAUUGCUCACACAGCUCUGCUCACACAGCUCUGCCUCACACAGCACAGCUCACACAGCUUUGAACCACUGCUCACACAGCACUGCUCACACAGCUCUGAACCACUGCUCACACAGCUCUGAACCACUGCUCACACAGCACUGCUCACAGCUCUGCCUCACACAGCACUGCUCACACAGCUCUGAACCACUGCUCACACAGAUCUGCUCACACAGCACUGCUUACAUAGCUCUGAACCACUUCUCACACAGCUCUGCUCACAGCUCUGCUCACACAGCUCUGCCUCACACAGCACUGAUCACACAACAUUGCUCACACAGCAGCACAGCUCACACAGCUCUGCACCACAGCACUGCUCACACAGCUCUUCACCACACAGCUCUGCUCACACAGCUCUGAACCAC